CUUUCUGAUCACUGCUAAUUAACCAGAGUUGCUGUGGCCCUGUGUGUCCGUUUAAAGAGGGUCUAUAGGGCCGCACUAGAGAUGUUUCACCAGCUGCAUUGUUUUAAAUUCAAAAUUCACGGAUGGUCCUACAAACCCACCUUGGUGAAGGUGAGAUAGGAAAUUAGAGCCUUGCGGAUGGCCCAGGAUAAACUCGCUCCCCGGCCGGAGCUAAUCUGCACUGCGACGGGUACAGGUAGAAGGUGCGCCACUCUUUGCCAGCCUCGGGCUAAACUGGCCUCCGCCCCGGAAGUGCGCACUUCCGCCCUGCGGAGAAGCCGCGUACCUGGUUGCAGCUCCCCGGAAAAUAGGCUGGUAGGCAUUUGGGCUUUGGCUGGGUGAGUGUUGCUGUGCGGCAACCGGCGAGCUAGACCUUCUGUCCCCAGGCCAACCAGAGUGGGACAGUGGGUGGGAAUUAACACCCAAAUGUAACCUCCCAGGAAAGGGUUUUACUCUAAAUUCAGAGCUGCGAGUCCCCACAGUUGGGACGGCUUCCCUCUGAGGGUUAUAGCCCUGGUCUUCCUGCCGGCUUCAGAGCUUCAUUCACAACUGUAAGUUAGGUCAGUACAAUUGCUUCUAGUACAGUUGAUACCAUUGCGCACCAGACCUUCAGCUUGCUUUUUCAAACAAGAGGGGGAAACUACGAAUAACUGGAGAUAACUAUUAGGAGCUCGAAAUUCAGCAGAGGCUUCCUUUUCCUCGUCCACUUCUUGUGCCCGUAACCUUUCUUUUUGAAUGCAGAAAAGACCUGUGCAUUUCAGAAGUGUUCCUGAAGAAAAGGCCCUCGGAAGGAAUCCUGCUGAAUUGCAGACUCUCCAAUUACAGGAAAGCUGCACCAGUGCCUCUUUAGAGGACCUAGUUUCCCUGCUCUCAACGAUUCUGUUAACGAGAAAACUCUCCAGGCCAGAGUGCUCUCAGCUGGCUCCAGCAGCCCACUUGACAAUGCUUUGCUAAGCAGCCCAGUUGACAAUGGCUGAGGCCCAUUCCCGUAGUUCUGACUGUCCUGCCUGAGAAGCACCAGGUCAGGGAAUGGGAGCAGCACUGGCUAAAGGAGGGAGAGUUGUCCUUGCAGAAAUGGCUAAGUUGGAGAACUUCAACAACUUGGGUGAAUACAGACAGCAGGUGGGAAGGGAGAGAUAGUCUCUUAGGGAUUCUUUUUUUCUCUUAUGUUUUAAGCAUAAGUCUAAAGCCAGACUAGUUGUGAUUUUGGCCAAGUUAUUUAAUCUUUCAGUCCAUUUUCUCAUCAGUAAAUGGGAAUGAUAAAAGCACCUGCCUGGAGUUGUAAUGAGGGUUACAUGAACAGUACCUGGUACAUAGGAAGUGCUAUCCCCAUAUUUGUUUCAAUUAUUUCUUCUUCUUACCUUGGGAUUGGCCUGCUCUGAUUUCAUUUCUGCAGUGAUUCCUUCAUAAAUUCAUGUGUUUAAUUUUUUCCAGGUCCCAGCUCUUAUAUAUGGCCAGGAGAUAACCUGGCCAGAAAUGCCUACUCUGGGAGCAGAGAGAAAAUAACUCUCUCUCCAGUAUCACCCAAGAAUAUACCACUGAAAUUUCAAUGAUAGAGACUCUUCCCUCUACAGCGGAGUUGUGUUAAACUUUGACAUUCUAUGGUCUUUUGGAGGUUCUAAAAGUGAGGGACUUGAGACUAAAAACAAACAACAAAUCAAAAGAACCUGCUUAACAGGAUCAGGCUCACCAACCACUGAGAGGGAAGCCGCCAGGAUCCUGGAGUGGGUUGCCAGGUGCCACGGCUCAUGAUUGCACAGAAGUCGACUUCUCUAGACCUGUAUCAGCUUCCAUCACUUGGACAGUUUAAUCGCAGUUUUCCAGGAAUCAAGCCAUAGGUAUCAACCAGAUGUCAACUCUGAAGGGAAGAUUUUUAUAAAGAUGGACUCACACCAGAAGGUCCCUGGCAUAUAUAAUGGGGAUACUUUACUGAUUCCUGAAUAUGAAAAUGUCUCUUGGUAUGAGGACCAGUUAGAAAGGCAGGAGGGCAGGCCCACAGAAGAAAGACGGUAUAAAUGCAGUGAAUGUGGGAAGAAAUUUUCCCAGAGCUCGGGCCUUGUUCGACAUCAGAGAAUCCAUACUGGAGAGAAACCCUAUGAGUGUGAUCACUGUGGAAAAGCCUUUAGUGUGCGCUCAACCCUCACUGUGCAUGAGAGAAUCCACACUGGUGAGAAGCCCUAUACCUGUCAUGAGUGUAAGAAAGCCUUCAGUGUAAGGGCACACCUGAUUAUACAUCAGAGAAUCCACAAUGGAGAGAAACCCUAUGAAUGUAAUGAGUGUGGCAAAGCAUUUAGUGUGAGCUCAGACCUGAUCAAACGUCAGAGAAUCCAUACAGGUGAAAAACCUUAUGAGUGUGAUGAAUGUGGGAAGUCUUUCAGUGUGAGCUCAGCCCUCAUCAAACAUCAGAGAAUCCACACAGGAGAAAAGCCAUAUGAAUGUAAGGAGUGUGGGAAGGCCUUCUAUGUGAAUUCAGCCCUUCUUAAUCACGAGAGGAUUCACUCUGGAGAAAAGCCUUAUGAGUGUGGAGAGUGUGGAAAAGCAUUCAGCCAGAUCUCAACCCUUAUUCAUCACCAGAGAAUCCAUACUGGAGAGAAACCAUAUGAGUGUGAUGAGUGUGGGAAAGCUUUCUGUGGGAGCUCUAAUCUUACUAAACACCAGAAAAUACAUGCCAAAGGAAAGUGUCAUCAGUGAUUCAUGUGGUGAAUAUAUCCCAAAGGCCUUUUGUUAUAUCAGAAGAUACCAUUGGAAGAAGAGUAUAGUAAAAGUUAAUGUCUUAAUUGACACUUCAUCCUUUGGAAUAUUAAAAGAAGUGAGAAGUCACUGAAAAGUGACUCCAACAGCAUAAUGAGCAAGGCUUUAAAAUCACAUCUGCUUCUGAGAAUGCAGUUUUACAACUCAUAAGGGAUGCAGUUUCCCUGAACUCUUCUGAAAUGCUUCAGCUGUGAGACACACUAGACUUCAUGAAACUCUGAGCCAAAUUGUGGUUAGUAGGCACUGAGGUCACAGAACAUGUGAAAGAGCACAUUAUGAAGCCUCUGCUAUUGAGUAUGGAGGUUUGCAGACAGAAUCAUCUGCGUGGAGAACACCAUUCUGGGAUUAGCAAUAAAGUGAUGCUGUCUCCUCCCCCAGAUUACACAAAGAAAUACUAAUAAGUAGUGAAUGCCCCUGGGUCCAUAAAACUGCUCGAGUCUUUUGUUUGGUGCACCCAUGGCAGUGAGAUGAUCCACAUAUCUUUACUGAUUCAUCUGACCCUUGUGUGGCUCUUCCAUUGAGAAAAACUGAUUAAUACAGUUGAGCACUGAAGUUGAUGUGAAGUUUUCUGGAAAUUAAGACAAAAUGAAA